AUGAGCGCUGAAGAGAUAUUUCGGGCUGUCACGACAGAAUUACGAGCCUCGCCGGAGGCGGAGCAACGCGAUUCCUGGAAGUCGACUGUAGUGGCUUUAUUUGCUGACGUGUUCGAGUCUGUAAAGGUCAAUCCUGAUCGUGUGCCGCCGGCUAAGAAACGCUAUCCGCUACUGAAGGGAGUGGAGCCAGCGCUUCUCCUCAUUUUUUUUGAGCAAGUGAGUGUCGUGGAUAGCUGUACCUUCGAGCAAUGGUGCGGGUACGCGCGGACAAUAAGUCGAGACUUGUAUAAUACGACGUGA